AAUGUAUUUUUCCACAAGUAGUAGAGGCAUUACGAGUAAAUAAAAGUAAUAAUGAAACUGUUAUACACUGCUCUAAUCUGGGGCUUAAUACAACUUUGCGCCAACAAAACUUGUGCAGCCCCCAAUAGCACUAACCAACAGCCGACUACAGCCCAGGAACAACUAUUGCUAUUUUAUGAAAAUGAAUUAGAAUUAUUGGCAAAAGAAUCCUGUGAAAAGGCUAAAUAUUUGAGUGAAAAACUACUACAAGAUCCCAAAAUACAACAAGCUAAAACCCCACUAAUUAGGGAAUUCAAGAAGAAUAUAACAGAAUUUUUAUAUAAUUACGAUUUUUAUCAGCGUCAUCAACUUCACAACGAUUUGCUAACGAAAUUUAUAAAAACCACUAUACACUACCACCUACAGGAUCACAGCCCUAAUAAGGAUUCACAAUAUAUAUUACAACUCUUGAAACAGCUACAAUAUGAUGAGUUAUGUGAUGAAUAUGAGUUAAAAUUUCAAAAACUUAUUAAACAAAAAUUUCUACCCAAAUUCGAAAAACUUCAGAAGCAACUUUUCUCCUCUAAAUCAAAGCAAAGUGUGGAGUUAUUAAACUGGUAUAAUGAUUUGAAACAUUAUACUGUUAUCAUCUCACCCAAACAACAACUAUUGCAGUAUAUAAGAGAACAGCUACAGGAUAUUAAUAUCUACUACUCCAAUACUGCUUACAAUAUAAGCAAAGCCUUAUUAAAAGAUCCCUUAUUUAUACAACUUAGCCCAGCUGUUCGUCAACAAUUCGCUAAAGAUAUUAAUGAUUUCAUGGAAAACUAUGAAAGUAAUCAAGAUGUUGAAAAAUUAUAUGAUUUAAUGGAAUUUUUCCAAAAUAAUAUCUCACAAAAAUAUUUCUACAAUACAGAGAUGUCCUUAAGAGAUCGCCAACUAUUGGAGCAAAUCUUCAAUAAUCAGGAACUUAAUACGUUUCAGUAUAAUUAUCAAUUAAAAUUCAAUAAAUUUCUUGAAUUAGGUCUUUAUGCUAAAUUUCAAGAAUUUAAAGUUUCACUAAAUCCAGAAGAAUUGUUGCGCGAGAAGCCCUUAUUCCAAUGGUUUGAGCACUUGUUAAAUUUAAGCAGUUAUGCGGAAAGAGUUAAAGAAUUUGCAAAUUUAAAUGAAUGGAUUUAAUUUAGGAAAGUAGUUGCAUAAUUUAAUUGAAAAUUUAUUAAAAGUUGUUAAAAUAAAUCCAAUAAUAAAUAAUUAAAAUGUUUGAUAAUAAAAAAAAUUUAAAAUUAUAUUCAAUAAGGAAAAACCGC